AAGACACGUGUCGUAGUGUAACUGGAAGGAAAAAUAUGAGGGUGUACGACAAAAACUAGAUACUAUCCUCUAUUUUCCUUCCCACAAGAAACGAGAGUGAAGAUAAGCUCAGUCAAUAUAUUUUGCCAAAUAAUAGUAAAUAAUAUCAGAGACGUAAAAACGACUCCGUUUUUUGUAAUUUCAACCCCGUAUUUUAUUAUUCAUUGUAAAACCCGAACCCGACAUUCCCGAAUCGAUUCAUUUAACUCGUCAAAAUCCUCGCUCUUUCCACCAGAUUCUUCAUCUUUAUCAUCAUCAGCGCCCCACUCCUCACAGCAAGCUCUUUAAUUAUUUACUGAGUUGUAAAUAAGCAUUAGGGUUAGAAGAAGAAGAAGAAGAAGAACAGGGAAAUUGUGGGAGGAUAUGGCGAUAUCGGAUGCGGUGAUUGGGAAUUUGAUGAUGAUCUACGUGGCAGUGAUAGCGGGGAUAAAGGCGUAUGGUUUAGUAUGUGGGCGGAGCUUCAGUAGUGGGUUUGUGCUGAUUGUGUCGAGCACCGUGGUGGGUUUCAUCUUGGUUGGGACCCUGACGUGGGACGUCACUCGUAAAGCCACGUAUGCGAUUUCCCGUGAUCAACCUGCUUCCGUUCAUGUUCACGAGAUGUGCAAGGGUGGUAUUUGCUGGCACGGCGUGGCUGUUCGUUCGCCUGCUUCUCAGGUCCGGUUCAGACUCCCUCGACAAAUCCCAUACGGUUCUUUGUAAAAAAGUUGAAAAAAAAGGGAAUUUGAGUUUUGAAGCUGUAAGAUAUAAGAGGCCAAGGAUGACGAUGGAUUGGAGGGGAAAUCGUUGAUAGCUCUCGCUUCGUUUGAUGCCAAGGCCAAAAUUUAGUGGUAAAAAAGUACAGCAGCUGUGUUUGCCGCCAUCUGUUGAUUCCUAAAAUCCACAGAAACCCCCUUAGCCUAAAGCCCCUAAAGGCCUAAACUAAUUAAUUCGGCAAUUCAGGACUCAAAAUAAGAGGUUGCUAGAUUGCUGAAAAGAAAAGAAAAGAAAAGAAAGUGCAAAAUCUUAGAUAGCCAAGUUCCUAUUCCUGCUCAGGGUAAUUUACGCAAUGUAGUUUUGCUGAUUUAACCCACUACAGAAGCAACCUGUUUGUUAGUACUUAGUACUACAUUUUAAGAAGUCAAUCGGAUUUUCCUUUUAGAAAAGGAGAAAAAAAAGGUGAAAAUGGCCCUGCACCACCCUGGCAGUUAAGAUUCCAAAGAAAAUUAGCAAAUUCUCUCACGUCAGCUUGGCAUUAGCGGCCCCCUGACCUGGUCCAAAACAAUGCUCGCGCUCAUUGGAUUAGGCCAUGGGGUUGAAAUUUAAUCCCUGGGUUUUCUUCUAUUUCAAUAUUCUUGUGAAAUCGCGAUGUAUAAUUAUAUAGUACUACUUUCUUGACGAUCCUCAACCUAAUUUUGGGAUAAUUAACAAAAAAGUACACUAACUAGUGUAAAUGAUGAAGCUUUUUGGUAGUUGUGUUUGAGACAUGAUAUUAAAUGUUGCAUUCAUUAAAAGAUGUACUAUGAAUGGAAGAUGGUUAUGUUGUCCUGACCCUUAAAACAAAUUGUUUUUAAUGAAAAUCCUAAAUUAAAGACAAAAAUGGCAGGAGGAAUUGGCUGAGCUUUGAGAUAUUAAAAUUUGUCAAGAUACGUGGAUCCCAGGAAUAGUCCUGGAUUGUAUUUAUGGUAAAUGAAGAUGAGAUGCUGCCACGGAUCAUCAAUAGAGAUGAUGGAUCAUGGAAGCUGGAUGCAAUCAAAGAUUAUAUACCUGAUGCGGCUGCCAAAGCGAUUACGGCUAUUCCUAUCUGUCAAAUGGAAGGAAGGAUAGAGUGGUAUGGCCUAGCACAGAAAAUGGUGAAUACACAGUAAAGGCUGGCUAUCAUGUAAUAAAAGAUUUAG